UUUCCGUUAGAUUUAACACUUUUUUUUUUAUUGUUUUCUAACACCUUUUGUUGACGCCGUUUUUCGUCAACAGUGAAAGAAGAGCACGUAAACAAUAAUCAGUAAUGGGCAAUAAAAAUAUGAUAACACAAACACGGUUUUUUACGUGGUUCAGCAGUUAAAUCUGCCUAGUCCACGAGUCUUUGUUAUUAAACUAAAGAUGAUCUCUGAAAAUUCUUCAAGGAUGAAUUCUUCAGAGUUUUCUCUCAAGAUCACAAAAUUCGAUCCUUUUCAAUGGUGCAUGACCUCUCUAUUUAUAGAGAAGAUUUCAGAAUACUAUCCCACAUAUUUCGGGUAGUUACUCUAUAUUUGCAAAUAAAUUAAAUGGUAUUAAAUGCCUGCAAUCUGAUAUAAAAGGAAAUGUCCCCUGAAGACCAGGGGGCGUAUAACUAAUCAAAUAAUAUCCCUUGAUUGUAGGGGAUUUACAGUAAUAAAUGUAGACCACGUCUCUUAUAGAUGACUCAUUAGGAUAUUCAAAGUUAUUAUCCUAUAUCACCAAGGCCAUAUUCUCCCAGGUUUCUUACUGACUUUCGAGCUAUAACAUAUCCCGAGGCCACAUGACUUUGAGCUCGUACGCGCGUUAGGCUUGGAGCCCCUGAUCCGAGGUCAUCCUCGAGAACAGAUGCACCUCAGGGUCUACCUUUCGAGCUUGUGAGGAUUUCGAGGCUACCAUCUUCGAAGUCGUCUCUGUUUCGCAGGCUCGAUGUUUAGAUUUCGCACAUAUUCCAGACUUUACGAGUUCAUUCAUUAUGAAUCCAGCUUUCGAGAUCACAAUUCUCAUGGCUCGAAAUCUGGGUAUAACAUCUUGCCCCCUCAAAAGUAUUCGUUCGAAUUCUAUGAGAAGGAAACUUUUGAACUACUUUCUUCGGGAACUGUACCGUCACAUACUUGAGAAUGGACACGUGUCAGUUGGGUAUUGCCCAUUCAGGGUACUCGAGUACCUUGGAAAUCUGCCCACGAUCAUUCGUCUGCCACCUUUUUGGUACCAUCAUAUCAGUAAUCCCUACCCGUUGGAUCUUGCAAGGGUAUUAUUCAAUGUCCCAGAUUAAUCCCCUUUUUCUAUCUAUAUAUAAGACCCCAUUCAUCAUCUUCCUUUUAUUUUUUCGCUCAUCAGAAGAAGGAACAAAAACAAAACCAGAAACUCUCUCUGAAAACUCCUUGCUUGUGCAUGUUCUCUCAGCCGAAGAAGCAAAGGACCACCGGUUUGUUCGAGAUCGUAAGCUCAUACCUGCAGCCUCUCCUUCAAUCAACGAUUUCUCUGCAAUCGCCAUUAUUGUGUAAGUGUCCAAUUCUUUAUUUUCCCUUAUGCCAGUUUCUGUCCAUAUUGUUCUUGUUAUUUCUUGGAGUGCGCUGAUAUAUUUCCUUAGUAUUGUAUGCUAGGAAAUUUUUGAUCUAUAGGCUUCUACGUUUACGUUCCCAUACUAGGCUUAAAUCUCUGGUUUCAAAUCCAGUUUUUGUGUAGAAUAAGGUUUCUUUUUUCUAGGCUUCAAAAUUUUAAAGGACAUAUCUUGCACACCAAGAUAUCGGGUAUAAAACCUUGGUUUUAAAGAACUCACGAUACCCAAGAUUACCUUUUCUGGAUAACCACCACCCUUUUUCCCAUGAUUUUCGGGAUUUUCAAAAAAAAAUUUGUCCACUCUCCCCCUUUUUCUCGUGGAAUACACGUUCUGACUCUUUAAUAAGGGUCUUAGUUUCGAACUCGCUUCGUUCUUAAGCUCCGAGCUUGUCUUGUCAAGCUCGUAACCUUUGAACUCUUGCAUGCAUGGCCCUCACCAUUUUUUAUUUCUCGCUAGAUGUCACAGAAUCUGGAAAGACGGUGGGGGUCGUGGCUGGCAAUCCCUUACUCGCCCGAAACCCCGAGCCCGGAGUCACUGUUUGCUCGAAAUCAACAUCGAAUUCGCGAGUACAAUCUCGCGCGCGAACAAGAGGAGAUUCGAGCUCAUUAUCGCCGCCAAAUUGACGAGGUCAUAGAGAAGAAAAGGAGAACUCUUCGAGAGGCAAUUUAUCCAGAGUCCAAUUCAGGGCCCAGGCCGAUCCCGCUCGACCCUAAAUUGAAAGUGACCGUUGCGUACGGUCCGGGAGAGCUCCAAUUUUCACUCAUGGGGGAGCCUUCUACCUCGCAACCGAGGAGAGAAAUAUUUGAGGCCGAGCAUUAUUGGAGCUCGGUUACCUCAACAAAUCAGAUAACUGAUAUUCUGGCCUUCCAUGGCCUCAGGUUGUCAAGCUCCUUGAGAUGUCGAGCUUCGACCGCUAGCGAACGAAGCUGCUAUGCCCCAGGGACUGGAAACCCUGACAACAGGCUGAGGUACGCGGCAUGGAGUCAGGAACACAUGAAGGCAGGAGCGCUACUGCCUUUGAAGUCUUUUUUCAAGGACUUCACGGAUUUUGUGGGGUUGGCUCCGUUCCACCUCAACACCAAUUCUUACAGGGUUCUGUCUGCCCUGAGGUCAUUAUACCACGAGCUGAAGUGGACGGGACCUUCGCCGCAUGAGAUUUUAUACCUCUUCUGUCUGAAAAGCAAUCCCUCCCGAGCUCGGGGAGGAUAUGGCUUUUACUACCUUUCGAGCUAUCCCAAAGAGAAGAAGGUGUUUGAGGAUCUCCUUAAUCAUCCUCCUAAUUUUAAAAAAGCCUUCUUCUGGACAGAUGGCUUGUCUCCGUCUCGAUGCUACUCAUUCAAACGGAUUCGUAAGUAUUCCAACCUUCUUUAUCUCUGUGCUCAGGAUUUUAUUUGUAAAAUCCGUACUUAGUUGAAAUGUGUCUUGCUUUCCAGCCAAUUUUCACCGUCCUACUCCCGACAAGGCAAUGAAGGGGCAUAGGGAGACUCUGCUCCAACUCCCUUACGGCAAGAGGUCUCUCUCGUACCUUUUACAUGAGAAUAAGCUCCGAGAUUGCGGGCUUUUGGGAGAUGGCCAGUCCACCUCGGACUGGUCCAAUAAAAAGUAUGAUCAUUGGGAGGAGGUGCCUUUGCCCACAGGCGUCCUCCCUCCAAGGAGAGAGGCGAGGCCUCCACCCCCAGCUCGUCAAAGAAGCCCGCCAUCGGGGAACAAGGCUAACGAUGAAGCCUCGAGUUCAGACUCGGAUGAUCAAGGUAAAGUCAUCCUUAGCUCGAGAAUGUGGUCCCCCACCUUAUUAACAUACAAACCCGAUAGGUUAGUCUUGUGCCCAGACGAUAGGGACCACUUCUAUAUUUGGACUUGGGUAGAUGACCGAGUUCAUAGGUUUGAUAGUUGGCUCAGGAAGUAUGACACCAUGUAUAGCCUGAACGAGGUGUGGGAUGGGAUAGCCGUCCAAUAUGGGACAAGUGACUAUAGGGAACUUUCGAGGUUGACGUCCACCUAUAGGGAAGGCACUCCCCCCGCCUCUUUUGAAGAUGGGGGAAUUUCGUGGUCCCCGAGCUCUAGUUUGGGGGAGAGUUCCAGUGCCAUGGAUCCCGACCUUGACGCUGUGUUUUUUAGUGAUGAGAGAGCUGGAGCUCAGAAGAGUAAGCGCCCGAGAGCCUCGCGGAGGUCCGACCGACCAUCCAAGGUCCCCAGACGCUCCAAGAAAACCCCAACAGCUCAGGCUACUGCGAGCACAACCGAGGAGCCGAUCGUCCAGGUUGAUGCAUUUGGUUCAACCGCGCCCAUCUUGCUUCCUCCAACCGAUACUCAAAUAACAGUCGGCCGGCCUCCGAAGAAGCCUUCCGUCUCCAAGGUCCUACUGCCGAUGGCCCGACCUCAUGUUGAGGAGUUCGUGCUUGACGGUGCUGUUGGGACCCAAGGGGCUGUACUUAGCUCGGACGUCCUCUCUCGAGUGGGUCAGAGUUUUUCAGGCUUCGGCGCCGACCAUUGGGACCUUGUGCACAAGGCCUCAGACUGUAAUACUCUUUAUGAUAAGAGUAUUGAACUUACUGCCGCGGCCCUUGUCGUUUCAGCACAACUUAAUUAUAAGCUGACCAACGAGGUGCACAUAAGUAUGUCUCUGGCCCAAGAGUCGAGGGAUCUCCAGCUUAAGAUGGCUGAUGAACUCAAGGACUCGAAGACCGAACUCGAGAAUGUGAAGACCCGUCUCGCGGAGCUGGAGAAGAUGAAAGCCGAGCUUGAACAGGCGAAGACUCUUCUUGCUGAGCUGGAGAAGGCUAAUGCUAAGCUCAAGGAGGAGAAAGCUGCUACUUUCGACAUCAUGGAAAGCGAGAAGGCCCGCCUCCUGGACGAGUUCAAAGAGCAGAAGGAGAAGGCGGUCGACCAGGCCUUGUACAAAAUUUGGGUUGACAAUGCCGACCUCAAUACCAGCUUCCUGGGUCCUCUCGAGGCCAAGUAUGUAGAGCGGUGGAAUGCCCGUCUUGAAGCGAGUGAAGCUGCUCGAGAGGCUGCUCAGAAGGAUAGUCAUGCUAUUCGUCCUGGGGGGUCUAGUGCCGUUGCCGCUGGAAAAGCCAAGGGAACUGCUCCUUCCUGAUCCUCACCUCGGGGCUGCGUCCCUUUAUUCUUUGUAAUAUUUAAUUUAUGCCCGUAGGGCUGAUACAAUUUCUUUUUAUAUUAACUUAUAUAUGCUUUACAUUUCCUGGCUCGAAAUAUUUUGCA